AUGGCUUCCCACGUCAAGCCCGACAUCAUUUUGUAUGACUUGGCCUGCACCAAGAGCGUCAGCUUCUCUCCCGUUGUCUGGCGCAUUCGCCUCAUGCUCAAUUAUAAGAAUAUUCCUUAUAAAACCAUAUUCCUCGAGUUUCCAGACAUUGAGCCCACGCUUAAGGAACUUGGCCUGGUUCCGGGAGAAUCCACAUCAGGACCCAAAUACACUGUCCCCGCAAUUCAACAUGUGCCAACCAGCACAUACAUUAUGGACUCACUUCCGAUCGCACAGUUCCUAGAAUCGACCUACCCAGUCCCACCCGUACCACUGACAUCAGAACUCGGUCGGGAGAUCGAGACCAAGGCACGUAGUGUGCUCGGCAAAGCCAUCUACUCGUCAGUGAUGCCGCGCGAGAUCCGCAUCUUGUCGCCGCGCUCGCAGGAGUAUUUCCGACGCACACGCGAAGCCUCCCUUGGUCAUCGUCUCGAGGAUCUGCUUGAUGGGGACAAGGAGGACCGGGUCUGGGACGGUGUUAGUGAAGUUUUGGGCGCUGUUGGCGACCUGAUACGGACGCACAAUGCGGACGGUCCGUUUUCUACUAGAGUGGUUGAUGAGGGGGUGUUUCAGAGGAUCAUCAAGUACCCUGGUUAUGGGGAGGUUUAUGAGGCUUGGCAAGAUGGCCGAGUUGGUCUAAGGCGCACGGUUCAGGUCCACCUGAUCCCGAUGGUAUACAACUGUCUCCGUGUCUCGAAAGGGGCGUGGGUUCAAAUCCCACUCUUGUCAUAA